GGGUACUGGAAAGAGACUUUUUUUAAAGUGAGUGGGAAGUGUGGUAGGGUCCGGGGAACCGUGGGUUCCAGGAUACUGGGAACCAUGUUGGAAUUCUACUCACCGCUACCGGGUACCCUGAACCGGCAGGUCGAGACCGGGCCGCCGACGAUGGGCUCCGCGGCGCCGCCGAUGCCCUUUAGACCUGCGAAUGAUAAUAAUAAUGGAGAGCCCUCGGUCUCCGUGAAAACGGAGUCCGGCCUGCUGGAGUCGAUCUGCGCCGGCUGCGACCGCACGAUAUCCGACAAGUACGUGAUGCAGGUCGCCGGCAGGAACUACCACGAGGAAUGUCUCUCCUGCGCCGCGUGCGCCGCGCCUCUGAUAAAUUCCUGCUUCAUCCGCGAGCUGAAGUUCUACUGCAAGUCCGACUACGAGAGGAUCUUCAGCGUGAAGUGCGCCAGGUGCAUGGAGAAGAUCAGCUGCUCGGACUUCGUCCUCAGGGCGCCGGGACUGGUCUUCCACGUAGAGUGCUUCGCGUGUUGCGUGUGCGGCCAGCCGCUGCCGCCCGGCGCGCAGUACUUCCUCAGGCAAGGGCAGCCGAUCUGCAAGCGAGACUUCGAACACGAGCUCUACCUGAACAGUCCGCAAGAUUAUGACUUGCUCGACGAGAACCGGCCACGCGACGGUCGUCGGGGUCCGAAGCGACCUCGGACCAUCCUCACGUCCGCCCAGAGGCGUCAGUUCAAGGCCUCGUUCGAAGUGUCGCCGAAACCGUGCCGGAAGGUGCGCGAGGCGCUGGCGAAGGACACCGGUCUCAGCGUCCGCGUGGUGCAGGUCUGGUUCCAGAACCAGAGGGCCAAGAUGAAGAAGCUUCAGAGGAAAGCGAAGACCGAGCCCGGAUCGGACAAGGAGCCGAAGGAGGAACGACGACCGGAGAGUCCCCACAGCGAUCACAGUCAUUAUUUGAACGCCAUGAACAUGCGCGACGGGGAAUCCUCUAGCUUCUCCUCGGCCACGCAACCGCUCAACCCCAAUAACCCGUACUCGCCCGACGACACGUAUCCGGGACACUCGGGCGAGAGUUUCUGCAGCAGCGACUUGUCGCUGGACGGUACGGAAGCCGGCUUCGACAUAGGCGAGAACGAGGGCGGCGGCGGUCAAGAUGGAGGCCACCAAGGCGGCGGCUCCCACUCCCAUCACGGGCCAACGUCCCACGAGGCGCCGUCCCUGUCGCAGAGUUUGCACGCGGCGAUUCACAACCCCAUCGACAAACUGUUCAUGAUGCAGAGUAGUUACUUCAGUGGUGACCACGCGUAAUCCGAGACCCUAUUGCCUCCCCGUUCCUCCCUUUUCCUUCUUUGCCGUCGCGAUCAUCCGUUCUCCAAUCGCUGACGACGUAGCUGGUCCCUGCGUCGAACAGCGUCCCCAUUUUCCUCGCAGAAGCUUGGAGGACACGUUUCGUUCUUCACCCUCCCCUUGCGUUUUCUUUUCAGUUUCCGAUACGAUUCGUUGAACUGUACAUUUUAAAGCGAAUUUAACUUCCCGACGAGAGAAUUGGAUGCCGGAGGAAGUUCGUGGUUCUUAACUCUUGCCCUAGAAUGAGACUCGUGAAGAUUUUCAACGUGAUUCGACGAAUAUGUAUAUUACUCUGUUUUAUUACUCACUGAAAUCGAAACAACGGAUUUACUGGCUCGAUAACAGGUUUUAUCGGUUACAGAUACACAGGGUGUACGAUUUCGUUCUAUCACAAGUUUAUUUGCAAACUGUUUAUCGUAUCGAAAAGUAUUCGAGACGAAAGUUAUUUUAAUAAAGUAACUUCCGUUUGGAACACCUUGUACGUAAACGACUUGCAAGUAGAUUUAAGUGACAGGUAAACGAGAUUGAAAUGAUUCAAUAUAUAUAUAUUAGUUCAUUCGAAUUCAAAGUAAAUAUUCCUCUGUAAUCAAGUGUUAUUUUUCAAGUGUGAAUUUUUCUCUUUCCAAUAAAUUAUUGACAAAGUAGCCGUAUCGAUCAGAGUUGAGAAAGUCAUAGGCCAAAGUUAAAUCGAAGUUUACAUAGAGAACGGUUCUCUAAGGUUGCUUUUUUUGGUAAUCACAUGGACAUGCUGCUGAUAUUAAUUUCAUUUAUUAAACUAGUGAAUUAACUCGUGUAACAUUUUACUACCAUCGAAGAAAUGUAACGAAAAGUCCAUUCGAGUUUAAGAAAUUUCAAUUGAUACUGAUAGCAAGUCUAUUCUUUUGAUGGGCAAUGGAGAUGAUUUUCGUUAAGUUAAUCUAGAAUUCAUCACGAGUCUCAUCACUGUAUGGAAAGGGGUUAAUUGGAAUCGGUAACGAGAGAAUUGCACGAACUUCUUCCGGGAACUGGUAUAUUUGCGUUCGAGACGGAUAGCAUUCGAUUUGGAAUAUUUUCUAGGAUAGGGUAACCGCCUGCGUUAAUUCAUGGAAUAUUGUUAAGUUGAUAGAGCGAUGGGUGUGUCGUAGAGUAAGCCUACAGUAGGAUGUGUACAGAAAGUUUUCGGAUCCAUCUUUUGUCUGAUCGAACCUGCCAUUGUUUCUUUGACAUUUCCUUCGUUUAACAUCGUGUUAACCCUUCGCACUCGGCAAGCGUCUUUCUUUCGAAAUUAUCAAAUUUUCAAUUUAACCCUUUGCACUCCGAACAAUUUUUAAUAUAACCUUUCAGCUCCGAAUCAGUUUUAAUAUGAAAUAUCAGCUACGUUUGACUAAAAAUCAAGUUAUAAACUUAUCUUACAAUGUCAACGUGCAAAGGGUUAAUAUUGAACUGCAUAUAAUAGAUCAACACAUGGAACAUCCAGAUGCAAUUAUUAUCCCUUAAUUUAUGUACAAUUCUUGCAUUAAUUUCGAAGGAUAUCGUUAAUAUUUCAUUAGAGUAAUGAAUGUUUAUAGUGAAAGAUAUUGUCGAGUGCAGAGGGUUAGUAUUAGACUGAGCGUUCGUGGAUCAAUAAGCAAGAACUCAACUUUUAAGGAUUUCGGAGGACGAUCCUAAGAUCGCUGUCUAAUCGUGAAUAUUAUUUAUCUUUUAUUUAUCAACAGUCGUCCUUCUGUUUCCCUGUUCCGUUCGUAACUGAAAAUUCGUUAUCGUCGUGAGAUUCUCGUUCGCAGUUAUUAUAUGUUCGUUUAAGGACGGUUUUAACGUACCAAAGAUGGCGUGACAUAGCGGAAAGGAGUGUCGCGUGUCGAUUCAAUAUUCAGCGAUGUAUCCCUGAGAAGAAAACGAAAACGUAUGUUUAAACACCGACGAACACUCGUACCUUAUUUCUGUCCCGAACGAUGGCCGUUGACAGAGGACUCGAUCGCAGAUCGGAACCAUCUUUGUUGAAACGACCUCCGUUGACCCUCUCUGAACGAAGAGAUCGAAUCGUGAGAUCAUUACAAAAGAGUUCGUUUUAUCCAGGCUCGAAUGAUUCGAAAGUACAAAACUAUCUUACUUUGUACAAAAUUUCACUCUUACUUUAUAUAAAUGUGCAAUGCUCUUAAAAUUAUAACGAACAUUUGAUUUGCUUUCCAUGGAAUUCAAAUUGAACCUUUUGCAAGGAUCCAGUUGUAUGGUUGUUCGGUGAACACGAAGUAAUUGAUAGAAAGGAAUUUUACCAAGGGAGUGGAUCAAUGUAAAUGAAAGUCUUCAAAGAAAAAUGAAAGAUUCAGGAAGGGUCGACGUGUCGUUGCGCUGCGAUCCGAUUUACAGAGAAACAAUAGCCCAGCUAUGUCCGACGAUGCGAUUACUAGGAAUUACGAAUUAGUGAGAAUUACAAUACAUUAUAUAAAAAAGAAUGCGUCGCAGAGUAUUCAAUUUACCCUAUUAUCAUUCAAUCUUCGCCGGUCUCGUCCUUGACUCUUCAAACCUCGUUCAGGCACGAUGUUCAAUUGAACUGGAAUGAUCGACUACAACGAAAUGAACGUUCGACGAAAAUUCAUUUAAAAACCGACGCUUCAGUACCUGUUAAUCGAGUCGUUUGCUGAACAAUCUACGUCCGAAUUUGAGUUUGAU